CGCAGCGUCUUUCAGCGGAUUAGUUUUUUCUGGUACUGUACUGGAAGAAAUCGCGAGAUUAAACGUUAACCACAUCAAGAAAUUUCUGGUUGGUUUUUAUUUGUUUAGAAAUUAGAGUUUCCAGCUUUUUCGUGGCAGUGCGGUUAUAAAAUUUUGAAGGACAGAAAGUUAGCAACAAGAUUAUGGAGUUGUAAACACUGUAGUUCGUCGCAUGCUUCGCUGAUCGGUCGACACUGUCUCCCGCAUUUCCGCGAAAGCGUCUCUUUAGCGUUGUUCCCAGCGUGUUGGCUGCCCGACUGAUUUAGUUCGUGACAUAGCGGUUCUUGUAUACGACAGUUUCUCGGCGACCCGUAUUCUGUAUUGGCUCCUGGAUCCAUCAGUGUGAGCUGUGAGCGAUGCGAAUGCUCAGCUCUCCGGUGCGCUCGCAGUCCAACGGUGAAUCCGCCGUUCUCCCGGUUCUACAGUACCAGCACCAUCUAGCCGAAGCCCUGCACCAGCAUGCCGCCGCCUCCACCGUCAUUAUCGUUAGCGAUACGGGUUCGGGCAAAACUACACAAAUCCCGCAGUUGCUGCUGCGCCGUGCGUUUGACGGGUUCUUCGAUCCGCAGCAGCACCGUCCGCGCUGCAUGGCCGUGACGCAGCCCCGCCGGGUGGCUGCCGUAUCCGUAGCGGCCCGUGUGGCUAAAGAGAUGCAGUGCGAUGUCGGCCAGUUGGUGGGGUAUGCGGUGCGCUUUGAGGAGUGCAGCAGUCGGGAGACGCAGAUCAAGUACAUGACGGAUGGGAUGUUGGUGCGGGAAGCCCAGGGUGACUGGAUGUUCAAGCAGUAUAAUCUGAUUAUUCUCGACGAAGUGCAUGAACGCUCGCUGGCCACGGACGUGCUGUUGGGGCUGGUGCGGAAGGCACAGGUGCGGCGGAGGAAAUUUGCGCAGCAAGAUAAGAGUUGUCUGCCGUUGAAGGUGAUUGUGAUGUCGGCGACGAUGGAGACGGAGAAAAUGCAGACCUUUUGGAAAGAUGCACCGGUGCUGUAUAUCCCGGGAAGGACGUUUCCAGUGGAGAUUAUGUACUCACCACAGUCCAUCGACGAUUACGUCCACGCGGCCAUUGUUUCCGUUUUCCAAAUUCACCGCGCAUCGCCGCCGGGCGGAAUCCUUGUCUUCUUGACCGGCCGCGAAGAGAUUGAAGAGUCCAUUACGCGCUGCCAACAGUUGACGAAGAGUCUUCCCGACACACUCCGUAAUAUCGCAUUCUUUCCUUUGUUCGCCAAUCUCCCCACCGACGUCCAGAUGGAAGCUAUGAAAAAAUCUUCACCCGGCAACCGGAAGGUGAUAUUCGCCACGAACGUUGCCGAGACGUCCGUCACUAUUCCCGGCGUCAAGUAUGUCAUCGAUAGUGGGCGGGUGAAGAGUAAAACCUUUUCUCCCGCCACGGGCAUGGAUCUCCUUAAAGUGCGGACCGUGGCCCAGGCCCAAGCCUGGCAGCGUUCAGGUCGUGCGGGACGAGAGCAGCCGGGGACAUGUUAUCGUCUAUAUACGGAAGACGAAUUCAGUCAAUGGCCAGAGCAGCCCGUACCGGAAAUUCUCCGGUGUAAUUUGUCCACGAUCCUCCUACAGAUGAUCUCGAUGGGCGUGGAUAAACCCUUGGCGUUCCCGUUUUACGACGCCCCCGAAGCGGCGAAUAUUCAGUGUGCGCUGGACCAAUUGGGAUGGUUGGGCGCGAUUGAGAGCAGUCAGGAACCGGUGGCGACAACAGAGGCGGGUAAAAUUAUGGCAGGUUUCCCGCUGGAUCCGCGGUACUCCCGAUGCAUCCUACGUGCUCAAGUGCAUCAAUGCACGGAAGAAGUGUGUACAAUUAUCGCCAUGUUAUCCUCAGAUUCACCGUUCAUUAGUCUCAUGCAUAAGCGCAAAGAAGCUGCCGCCGUCCAUGAGAAAUUUUUGAGUAAUGAGGGUGAUCAUCUGUCCCUGCUGAAUGUCUGGCGGCGGUUUAAAGAUGAAAAGCAAGCCCAGAUGUGGUGCCAUGCUAACUAUUUAAACCGGAAGAAUCUCAUCAAGGCCGAACAAAUUCGCAAGCAACUGGUGGAGGUGUUGAAUCGACAGGAAAUUCCCAUGGUGUCCUGUGGAUUGUCGACAACCGCGGUGAGAAAGGCACUAUGUGAAGGAAUGUUCAUGUGUGCCGCGGAAAGACAGCCGGAUGGGACAUACUUGACGCUUGAUACGAAAAGAACAGUGGCACUGCAUCCGUCGUCCAGUCUGUUUAAAACGAGACCGGGUUGUGUCGUGUACAAUGAACUGGUGCAGACGACGAAGACGUUCAUUCGGGAUUUGUGUUUGGUGGAACGUGACUGGUUGGAUAAUGUCGGGAAAAAUUAUUAUAUGGAGAUGCGGCAGAAAAUGACACGCAUUUCAACGAAACAUUCUUAAAAUUGGAAUAAUUUUUAUAAUUUGUAAUUUUUCAAGUUAGUGCCUGUUAGCUUCAUGAAUUGCAAAGCUAUAAUUCUGUGAUUGCAUGAACAAAGCCUGUUCAGUGUUGGGUUGGUGUAUUUGUGCUGCUCAAGUUUCACUGUGUGCCUCAAAGUAGCAAAAAAUAACGCCUUUCAGUAUUUUGUCAAUAAUGUGAAAAUUAUGGAGAAUGAAGUUACGA